CCAAAAAAAAAUAAUAUCCGAAAAAUAAUUGCGUAAAUAUGGUGUUUUCGACAAUUUCACAUGCAAAAAUUCUCUCCGGUCUGCCAUUUUGUUAGUAGCCUUUCCAUACAUCUACUUCACUACGAAAAAAGAGAUAAAAAAAAUGAAUGUAAGUACUCUAAUUUUAAAUAUAUUUGCCAUAAUAACAGCUGUUCAAUCGGUUACGGAGGAAGACGAGGGAGUAAAAUAUGCCAACAAGUGCGAAGUAUGUAAAAUAUUAGCCAUAGAGCUGCAAAGUCGUUUAGAAGAGACUGGAAAAACCCACGACGUGAUAGAAACCGGCUACGCCGUUGAUGAUGUAAAACCCAAAAAGAAAAAGGAAUACAAAAAAUCUGAGUUGCGGCUGGUGGAGUCUCUUGAAGGAGUUUGCGAUCGAAUUUUAGAAUAUAACAUACACAAGGAACGCGAAGACAGUACCCGAUUUGCUAAGGGCAUGAGUCAGACAUUUCAAACUUUGCACGGGUUGGUAGAUAAGGGAGUGAAGGUUGAACUCGGCAUUCCAUAUGAGCUUUGGGAUAAGCCUAGCGUUGAAAUCACGAAUAUGAAAAUACAGUGUGAAACUUUGUUAGAAGAAAAUGAAGGUGACAUUGAAGACUGGUAUUUUAAUCAUCAACAUAAAGAGCCUCUGAAAAAAUAUUUGUGUCAAGACAGAGCACUCCGAGGUCAGGAUAUAAACUGUUUAAACGAACAGUUGAAAGGCGAUAUAGGAAACAAGGAUAAACAAAACAAAAAAAAUGAAUUGUGA